AUGUCUGCUGCAGUUUCCACCAGCAGCAAUAAUAGUGAUGAUAGUCAAAGAAUUUAUGUGAUAAAAGAAAGACAGAUUAGAACCUAUUAUGAAGAUGGCUUCAGAAAAAGAGCAGCUUGUUUAUGUUUUAAAGAUAAAUCUCAGACAGAGUUAUUGUUGAUCUCCAGUAACAGAUAUAAAGACAAAUGGAUCAUACCAGGUGGUGGUGUGGAACCCAAUGAAGAUAUCAGAAUUACUGCUACUAGAGAGGUCCUGGAAGAGGCUGGAGCUCUUGGAAAAAUUGAGAGACUUUUAGGAGAAGUAGAGAAUAAAGAUAAGAAGACUAGAACAACAGUGUUUACCUUUAUUGUCACUGAUUUAUCAGAAGAGUGGGAAGACAAUAAAAAUCUAGGCAGACAAAGAGAAUGGUUUACUAUAGAAGAGGCUAGAGAGAAAUUAGCUCACAGUUCUCAAGUGAAUUAUCUUAAUUUAUUAACUAACCCAUAUUGA